AUGGAGAGUUGGAGACUGAAGAGGGAGGUCAAGGAGAGGUACCGGCAUGUGGGAAGGGAGGCGCAACCGGACAUCACCGGCGGUGGCUGCGGCGGCGGCGGGGAGUUCAUCCUGCUUCCUAGUUCCCUGACCAGAGAAUGGGGACGGAUUCUGCGGUCCAUCCCGGGACAGCCAUGGGCCGACGACGGCGGCGGCGACGACUUCCACGGCGCGUCCUUCGCCGGCGCGGUGUUCAACCUGUCCACCACCAUCGUCGUCGCGGGCAUCAUGGCGCUCCCGGCCACCAUGAAGGUGCUCGGCCUCGCCCCGGGUCUCGUCCUCAUCGUGCUCGCCGCGCUGCUCACCGACGCCUCCAUCGAGCUCCUCGUGCGCUUCAGCCGCGCCGCGGGCGUCAAGUCCUACGGCAAGGCCAUGGGCGACGCAUUCGGGCCGCUCGGCAGGGGGUUCCUCCAGUUCUGCGUCGUCGUCAACAACCUCGGCGUCAUGGUCGUCUACAUGAUCAUCAUCGGUGACGUGCUCUCUGGAACCUCCUCCAGCGGCGUUCACCACCAUGGUGUAAUAGAAGGAUGGUUCGGCCCCAACCGGUGGAACGGACGCUUCGCCAUCCUCACGAUCACAACUCUCGGCGUGUUCGCUCCGCUCGCAUGUUUCAAGCGCGUUGACUCGCUGAGAUUCACGUCUGCUGUAUCGGUUGCUCUGGCCGUUGUGUUCGUCGUGAUCACCGCCGGGAUCGCCAUCUUCAAGCUGGCGAGAGGACAGAUUCCGAUGCCUCAGCUGUUCCCCGAUGUCCAUGACUGGCCGUCCAUCUGGAGGCUCUUCACGGCUGCUCCAGUUCUUGUCACCGCUUACAUUUGCCACUACAACGUUCACCCUAUUUGCAAGGAGCUCAGGGACACUCUGCAGAUCAGGCCUAUAGUGCGCACGUCCUUGCUGCUGUGCUCCGCCGUGUACAUCACCACCAGCUUCUUCGGCUUCCUCCUGUUCGGCGACUCGACGCUCGACGACGUCCUCGCCAACUUCGACUCCAACCUCGGCAUCCCCUACAGCUCCUUCUUCAACGACGCCGUCAGGGUGAGCUACGUGCUCCACCUCAUGCUCGUCUUCCCCAUCGUGUUCCAGGCGCUGCGCCUCAACAUGGACGGCCUCCUGUUCCCGUCGGCGCGGCCGCUCUCCUGCGACAACCGGAGGUUCGGCGUGCUCACAGCGGCGCUCCUCGCGGUGAUCUUCCUCGCCGCCAACUUCAUCCCGAACAUCUGGGACGCCUUCCAGUUCACCGGAGCGACAGCUUCCGUCUGCGUUGCCUACAUUUUUCCCGCGGCGAUGACGCUAAGGGAUCGUCAUGGGAUAGCAAGGAAGAGAGACAGGGUCCUGGCAGUGUUCAUGAUUGUUCUUGCUGUGGUGGCAAACGCGGUGGCCGUGUACAGCGACGCUUGCUCGUGACCUUAAUGGCAACCACAGGGCCAGGUCAAGCGAACGUCAUUAUCUAAAUUAGUCAGCGAUGAAAUUAACCACUGUAGCUGUGUAUAAGAAGCAUCACAUUUCUUGUUUUUUUUUUCUAAAUGAACCGGCACGAGACGCCAAUGUCUAUAGCUUGAUAAAGAAACUAAAAUAGUUAUAGGCUACAACCCCUAGGGGCAAGGUAACAAAUCAUGUAGUUACAGCUCAAGACAAAGCUUGAAGUAAACGCCCAUGCAAGGAACAACUUUGCUUAAACGCCCAUGCAAGUUACCAUCUGUUCGAAUGGGUGAAUGGAUUGGUGCAAUUGAACUUCAUUAAUGCUUUGAGAUUUCAACAAUGUUUCUUGCGAGCUAUCAAUGCUACGGGUGAAGA